AUGAGUCCGCCAGUAAUUUCAGCAACUCUUGUUUCCGCCUUCUGUUUCCUCUGGAUCCCCUCCUCCCUAGCUCAAACCUCUCCACAAGACUUCGUUGACGCCCACAAUGCAGCUCGUGCAGCUGACGGUGUAGGACCAAUCGUGUGGGACGAGACCGUGGCCAAAUACGCCAGGAACUACGCCAGAAAGAUUGGCCCAAAGUGUCUGAUGCAGCAUUCGGGAGGACCAUACGGUGAAACACUGUUUCGAGGUGGUGGUGAGGCCACAGCCAAAGAAAUUGUUGAUUAUCAUGCGAGCGAGAAGCAGUAUUGGGACAAUAGAACAAGGACUUGUGCACCCGGGCAGGAAUGCGGGCACUACCUUCAGGUAGUUGAUCCGAACUCGGUCCAGCUUGGGUGCGCGAGGAUUAAGUGCAGGAACGACGAAUGGCAGUGUCGCAAUCUCGAUGCUUUCUACGGGAAGAACUCAUGGUGUGGCCAUGUUGAUGAAAAUGUAAUGCGUAAAAAUGGAGCAUCUCCAAUAUGA